AUGAAGAUGAGUUAUUAUCUUGCAGUGUUUCUGAUGCUGCUUCUUUCAAUCUCAUGUGCAGCUUCUACCUUGGUUGAGACCAAAUUCAAGGCAUGCUUGUUAACCCAACUUCAUAGCAAUUCUGAAUUCAUUGAAGAAAACAUAUUCACCUCAUUCUCCUCAUUAUAUCCACAAGUUUUGGAAUCACUGGAACAAAAUCCCAGAUGGCUGAAUUCCUCAAGGAAGCCUCUUCUAAUUCUAACACCUUUCCAUGAGUCAGAAAUUCAAGCAACCAUUCAAUGCAGCAAAGAACUUGGUUUGCAACUCAGAGUGAGAAGUGGUGGCCAUGAUUAUGAAGGGCUAUCAUACCUUAGCAAUGCCCCAUUUGUGAUGGUUGACCUCAUCAACAUCCGUUCCAUUGAAAUUAACCUUUCUGAUGAAACUGCAUGGGUUCAGGCUGGGGCAACAUUAGGUGAACUUUACUACAAAAUUUCAAAAGCAAGUGAAGUGCAUGGAUUCCCUGCAGGAACAUGUCCUAGUGUAGGGAUAGGGGGGCACAUAAGUGGAGGGGGUGCUGGUACCAUGUUGAGGAAACAUGGUUUAGCCUCAGACCAUGUUGUUGAUGCUUACCUCAUAGAUGCAAAUGGGAGGAUCCAUGAUAGAGAGUCAAUGGGAGAAGAUGUGUUUUGGGCCAUAAGAGGAGGUAGUGCUACUAGUUUUGGAGUCAUUCUUUCAUGGAAGAUAAGGUUGGUUAGAGUUCCACCUAUUGUCACAGGGUUCAACAUUCACCGAACACUAGAGGAAGGAGCCAGCAAACUCAUCCAUAGGUGGCAACAUAUAGCACAUGAAUUGCAUGAGGAUCUUUUCAUUAGAGUGAUUGCCCAAAAUAGUGGUGACAAGUCAAAAACAUUCCAAGCAACCUUCAACUCUCUCUUCCUUGGAGGAAUACAGAAGCUGAUCCCACUCAUGAAUGAGAGCUUCCCAGAAUUGGGAUUGCAGGCCAAAGACUGCACUGAAAUGAGUUGGAUUCAAUCAAUUAUGUUCAUUGAUGGACACAACAAAGAGGACCCUCUAGAACUCUUGCUCAACAGAACUACCUCAUAUAAAAGCUCUUUCAAGGCCAAGUCUGACUUUGUGCAAGAGCCAAUACCAAUAGCUGGUCUAGAAGGAGUUUGGAAUAAGCUUCUAGGAGAAGAAACAUUGGCCAUGCUGAUAAUGGAACCAUAUGGUGGUAGAAUGAAUGAAAUUCUUGAAUCUGAAACCCCUUUUCCCCACAGAAAGGGAACCUUGUACAUCAUACAAUACUUGGUCAAGUGGGAAGUGAAUAGCAUUGAAGCUUCUAAGAGGCAUCUAAACUGGGCUAAAAUGGUUUAUAGAUACAUGACUCCUUAUGUCUCUAAAUCUCCAAGAGCUGCAUAUUUCAACUACAAGGAUCUUGAUUUGGGCAAAAACAAGCAUGACAACACAAGCUACUCAGAAGCUAGUGUUUGGGGAGAGAAGUACUUUAAAGGAAACUUUAGAAAAUUGGCACAAAUUAAGACAAAGUUUGACCCCCAAAACUUUUUCAGGAAUGAACAGAGCAUUCCUCUCCUAAAUUCCCAUCAUAAUUAA